CACAUGGAAACCAUAAAUCAGAUCCUGACCCACAUUGAACAUUCUGGCAGCACUUUCAGUGGUCCAAAAAUGGUAAUAGUGGCACCUGAAGUUGUUAUCCUUGGACAAUGUUGUACCUACAUGGGCCAACAGCCCAAGCCUUCUAAGGUGGCGAAAAUCCAGGACUGGCAACCAUGCAAAUCCCUCACUGAAGUGCAAGCCUUCCUGGGUACUCUUGGA